UUAAUUAUAAAAUAAAUUAAAUAAAAUUAUUAUGGCGCUCUAUUCAGGGGACGCUGGUUAUUCCAACACAAUUGACCUUUUGGAUGACGAAGUAAGUUCUAAUGAUGAAGAGAAAAGAAAAUCCGAAUCAGGAACCCAAACAAAAUGUUCACGCAAUAAAGGUAAAAAAGUCCACAGCCCAAUGCUACGUGCAUCUCUCAGUAGUGGAUUAAAACACAUAAUAAUACCAACACAAAAAACGAAAAAGAGAAGAGUAAAAUUGAUGAAUUGGAAAAGAUAUCACAAGUUAAGCGUUAUAUAUUCGUUCAUGGAUGAUUUAGAGAGAGACUAUCCCGCUAUAUGUACAGUUUCAGUCAUUGGGAAAUCUGUUGAAGGCAGGGAUAUUAAGAUGCUCAAAAUAUCAAACAGCGACGCAUCCAACACGUCAGUCUGGCUCGAUGCGUCCAUACACUCGCGGGAGUGGAUCAGCACGGCUGUAGUGACAUAUCUAGCCGAUGUUAUUGUGAGGAACUUUCACCAUCAUUCCGUGUCUAUCACUAAUAAGGAUUGGUACAUUGUGCCCGUGCUGAACCCUGACGGCUACGAGUACACACACACGCGCGAUCGCAUGUGGAGGAAGAACCGAGCCUGCUAUAACGGCGAGUGUGUGGGCGUCGAUCUUAAUAGGAAUUUUAGUUAUGGUUGGGGAAAUAACGGAGACCAAGGGUCAUCAGGCGAUCCAAGUAACGUCUUCUACCGAGGUCCAGCGCCCUUCUCAGAGCCAGAAGCGGCUGCUGUGAGGGACACAAUCCUCAGCGCCUCUUCCCCGUUCAAGGUGUUCCUGUCGUUCCACAGCUACUUUGAGCUGAUCAUAUUCCCGUGGGGCUACAAGUGUGAGACGUGCCCCGACUACUUGCACCUGCUGGAGGCCGGCACGUGCAUGGCAAGGGCAAUUUAUGAUACCACUGGGAUGAUUUACAAGGUGGGCAGUACAAAGGAUCUCACUUACUUUGCCUGUGGCACCAGCAUAGACUGGAGCUACGCUAUAGCAAAGAUACCAUAUUCCUUUAUGGUAGAACUCAGAAGUAAGAAACAUCGCUUCCGACUGCCAAAGGAUCAAAUAAGCGAGACCUGUCUGGAAAUUUGGAGUGCAGUGAAAAACUUGAUGGAGUUUGUCGAACGAUCGAAGUCAAAAAAACCGACGUUUAAAAAGAAAUCUAAACGUUAUUUUUCACGAAGACGCAUGAAAUAUUAUGUAUUUAAUGAUACUGAAGAAUCUGAUGAUAACACAGUCAAUAGUACCUCAGAUGAUGCAGGCAAUGAACAAAAUUUAGAUAAUCAUCACCAUUAUCAUGAACCUGAUAAUAUUCUUACAAAAGACGUACAAAAUGUACAAGAAUCAAAUUCCAAGAUAAUCCACGGCAAUCCUAUACAGCCUGAAAAUGUAAAAACAGAUACGGGAACUUCCAAACCUAAAAUAAUACUACAAAAUGUGCCAAAAGCACCAAAAGAAGAACUAGUGAAACGAAUGGACUGGGAGAACUAUCAUCGUUUACGCGUAAUUCAUAACUUUAUGGAUGAACUUGAAUCAACAUAUCCGUCAAUAUGCACAGUUGGGUACAUAGGCACAUCUCUUGAAGGCAGAGAUUUGAAGAUUCUAAAAGUAUCAAAUAGUGAUGCUAGCAACGCUAGUGUUUGGAUGGAUGCUGGUAUACACGCAAGGGAGUGGAUUGCCCCGGCUGUUGCUACGUAUAUUGCAAACCAUAUCGCGAGAAAUUUUCAAAGUUCACCCGAUUAUGUUACAAAUAAGGAUUGGUAUUUUCUCCCCGUUGUUAACCCAGAUGGAUAUGAGUAUUCACAUACAGUAGAUCGAAUGUGGAGGAAAAAUAGAGCAUGGCAUGGCGGACAAUGUUUGGGUGUCGAUCUAAAUAGAAACUUUAGCUACGGUUGGGGAGGAAAAGGAUCAUCAGACAACCCGGCCAACUCAUUCUAUCGCGGUCCUGAGCCUUUCUCGGAACCAGAGUCCAGUGCAAUGAGGGAUUUCUUAUCAAAGAGUGGAAUAUCAUUCAAAGUGUACAUAACGUUGCAUAGCUAUGGACAAAUUAUUUUAUUUCCCUUCGCGUACAGAGACGAACUGUGCCCGGAUUAUGUACGAUUGUUGGAAGGAGCUACAGUCAUGUCUAAGGCUAUUUAUGACUGCAACGGCAACACCUACAAGGUCGGUAUUUCAAGGGAUGUUCUGUACGGUGCAGCAGGAACCAGCAAUGAUUGGAGCUAUGGGGCCGCCAAAAUUCCCUAUUGUUAUCUAAUAGAAUUGAGGAGCAAGAAACACAAGUUCAAACUGCCAAAGGAAGAAAUCGAGGAGACUGGCCAUGAAAUACUUAACUGCGUUCAGGCGCUCAUGCAGUUUGUUGAUGCGCGGGAUAAUAAAAUGUGCCAUCCCGAAUUAUAA